AUGGGCCACUUGCCAUGCCACAAACGCUCCGCCUACGGCACUGCCUCCUCCGACACCGACUUUCGCAAAACCUGGAACCGCGAAGAAUACGCUCAACGCGCAAAAGAAGAAGAAGCCAAAGCCAAAGCCGAAUCCAAAGCGCGCUACGAGGCCAAACUUGCCGGGAAAAAAUGGCACGCACCCGUCGAUUACAGCGCAUUGGAGGAGACCUCGUCGCGCACGCAACGGCUCGAUGUUGCUUCGAUGGUGGGCAAGACUACAAUGGUCCCUGCGGGAGCAGCAGUGGGGAAACGCGGACGAGGCGCUGGAUUUUAUUGCUCGGAUUGUGAUCUUACGUUUAAGGAUAAUAUACAGUUGGUGGAACAUUUGAAUAGUAAACAGCAUUUGAUUGCCAUUGGGGAAAGUGGAGAGGUGAAGCGUGCUUCGUUGGAGGAUGUAAGGAAUCGGUUACGGUGGUUGGCGCAUAAGAAACGAGAAAAGGAGGAAGAGGAUCGGAGGGCGUUUAAUUUGGAUCUUGGCGCGAGACUUAAGGAUCGAGAGGAGCAGGAGGCUAGGGAACGAGAAGAGAAGAGGGCUAAACGGAGAGAGAAGAGGAGGGCAGUUAAGCAGGAGGAUGAUAAUUGGGAGGGUAGAUUGGGUAUUAUUGCUUAA